AUGAGGCAGCCCAGGAGUCGGUUCGGAUUGGCGGGCAGCCGCGAAAGUGCUGCUCAAGCCGCGUCAGCUCGAGCCUGCCCGUUGCGCGGCCGCGCCCGCUCUCCCGCGCCGGCCGCCGCGAUGGGGGGCAGCAGGGGUGCGGACGCGCGCUGCGAGCGCAUCGCGCGGUGCGUCGCGGACAUCCGGGAGGCCGACCUGGUGUCCCUGGACCUGGAGUUCUCGGGGCUCUUCCUGGACGCCGACCGCCCCUCGCGGAAGCAGCCCCUGUCCAUGGAGGGCUACUUCGCGAAGUGCGCGAACAGCGUCGCCGAGUUCCUGCCGCUGCAGCUGGGCGUCUGCUGCGCCAGGCAACGCCCUUCGGACGGAGUUUGGGAGAUGCGCCCGCACGAGCUGAACCUGCACCCCGCCAAGCGGCGCGUCUUCGCGUCGGACUUCCAAUCACUGCUGUUCCUCCGGGGCCACGGCUUCGACUUCAACGCCUUCCUCGACAGCGGCCACCCCGUGGGGCGGCUCCCGGCCCGGGGUUCCGAGGGGCGCGGGCGCCGGGGCCUGGGGCCAGCGCAGGCCUCCCAGGUGGUGCAGGCCCUGCGCGACGCGGGCACGCCGCUGGUAGUCCACAACGGGUUCCUGGACGUGCUGCACGUGUACGGCAGCUUUGUCGGGCGCAUCCCGGACGCCCUGCCGGCCUUCUGCGAGGCGUGGCUGUCGCAGUUCCCGCUGCUCUUCGACACCCGCCUCAUCGCGACGGAGGGCCGGUACACGGUGCUGCAGGGCGCGGGCGGGUCCAUCGCGCUGGAGCCCGCUCCACCAGCACUUGGCCGCCCUGCCCGUGGUCUCGGAUGCCGUGCGCUUCGAGCGCGUCGGCGGCCUGCUGCCCGCGGGCAAGAUGGUGGCCCACGGCUCCUCGGGCUACGACGCGCUGCUGACCGCGGAGGCCUUCCUGCUGGAGAUGGAGCUGUGGCUGCGGUCCGAGGAGGCCGCGUCCACCCGCAAGCGGCGCAGGAGACGAAGGGAACGCCUCCAGGAGAUCGAGGCCGAGCUGGCCCCGCUCGACUGGCAGGCCGUGCACCGGUGCGCCGCCGAGCUCGGCGUGAACAUAUCUCGAGGGGCCACCGCCGUGCCGGGCCGCGCCGGCGGGAGCGGCGGCGCCCGCCGCAGCGUGGACAUCCGCGCCGACAUUGCCGCCAUGCGCUACGCCAGGGAGGCCGACGCCGCACAGGGCGGCGGCCACGAGGCUGGUCCCGGCCGCGCUGGCAAGAGGCCGCUGGAGGAGAGGAGCCCACUGGCAUCGUCUCGCCCAGCGCAUUGCGGGAGGCGAAGGCUUGCAGGCGCUUCCACAACCGCCUCGCCAUCGUCGGCGCCUCCCCCGGUCCACGCCAGCCUUCGAAGAACGUCGACCAGCUGGAGCACUGA